AUGACUGACAAGGCAACCACAUACAAGAACGAAGGCAACUCACUUCUUCAACAACAAAAAUACUCAGAAGCUAUAGACAAAUAUACUCUAGCAAUUGCAGAGAAUCCACGAGAGUCAGUGUUUUAUGCAAACAGAUCACUCGCGUACAUUAAAUUAAACAACUACGACAGAGCAAAGGAGGAUAUUGAACUUUCUAUUCAGUGCAACCCAAAAUAUGUGAAAGCGUUUUUGAGAAGAGCCGUCAUACUUUCACACAACAAGAGCUUUGUGGAAGCAAGAAACGACUACCUAACAGUACUCAAAUUAGAGCCCGGAAACAAAGAAGCCGAAAAGGGUGCAUCUGCAAUGCAAACUGAAAUCGAGACCCUUGAUAAAGACAAGACGUGUAUCACAUCAAAAGUUCCGUUGACUGUUCCAAAUACGUUUGCUGCAUAUGAAAGGUGUUGGAACGAUUUGGACGAUGCUUCGAAAAACGAGUUACUCAAAAUGACUGGAUACACGUUUUUCACAAAAUUAAUAGGGGAGAAUAUCACAACUCAAAUGAUAAAAGAUAUCGCAAGAGUAUCGGACGACAAACACUGGGCUACUGUUAUUUCUCAACUCCCAAGAAUUGGUCUUUUAAGACUUUUUGUUGACCAAAAGACAAAGGACUGGAUUGAUGGUAAGUAA